CUUUAAUUAAAUAGUGAUGCUCCUUUCAUUUUUUGAAUGGCUUGGUGGCUUGAUAGGUCUACCUGAAGACCAGGCAAGAAUGGUGUUUGGAUUCAUAAUCACAAUACCUUUGGGCUUUUUAUUUAAAACAUUAAAGAGUAUUAAGAUUGAAUCAUGAAUUUCUAGGUGCUCAAUUAAGAAAAUAUUUUGGUUUAACUGUUGGUUUGAUAUUAUCAUACAUGCUCUAUUAAGAAAAAUUGAUAAGUGUAAUAAUACAGAACAUAAUUGUAUAUGAAAUGACUAAGCGAAUUACAUUAAAUAAAAUAGGAGUAAAGGCCAAAUGGGUAUUUUAUGAAACUCUCAUAUAUGUGGCAGUUCAUCAUAUUUAUAGACAAUACACAGAUUAUGGAGGAUGGUAAAUAUGUAAAUUAGGAUUAGGAAAUUAGAUAUAACAACAAUCUUAAUGAUGAACACAGUCAAAUGGACAUCAUUUGCAUAUAAUUAUGAAGAUGGUUUAAGAAGAGAUGAGGAACUGAAUUCCGAUUAAUAAGAGAGAAAACUAUAAAAAAUACCAUCAUAUACAGAUUAUUUUGCCUUCAUGUUCUUCUUUUGUGGAUGUUUAGCUGGAGUAAAACUUAAAAUUAAUUUAGCCCUCAUUUGACUAUUAUGAUUAUGAUACCUUUGUUAAAAGAACUAAUGUAUAUUAGAACAUUCCAAGUACUGUUGGGGAGACAUUCCGUUUGUUUAGAAAUGCUCUAAUUUAUAGUUUCUUUAUUGUAAUUGUUUAUCCAAAAUGGUCUCUUGAGUCUUUAUUUUCUACAGAAUAUGAAGAAGCAUCCUUACUUUAUAAAAUAUUGUGGUUAAAUCUAACCAUCACUUUACAUAGAACUAAAUAUGUUUCAGGAUGGUUAUUCUCAGAAAGUGGAUUGGCUGCUGCAGGAUUUACUUAUAAUGGGAAAUUAGAUGGAUAACAUAAAUGGUUAAGAAUCAGAUCCAUUGAUCCUUCUAUUGAUUUAACUACUAAUCCAAAAGAUAAAAUUGAACUAUGGAAUAUUUCUGUUUAAGUUUGGCUCAAAAAGUAUGUUUAUUUAAGAGUCUAUCCUGAAUCAGUAUUAAAAUCAAGUUCGGCUAAAGCCUAAAAGGCUCAAUUAAUUACUUUUGCUGUCUCUGCAUUUUGGCAUGGAUUCUAUCCUGGCUAUUACAUUUCAUUUUUCCAUUGGAAUUUAAUUGGAAUGAUCAAUAAAUAUGUACAUAAGCUUGGAUAAAAUACUAAUGUUUUGAAAAUAUGGGACUCUAAUCUAGUCUUUAGAAGCAUAAGAUUUUAUUUCGUUAAUUCUUUAUUCAACUGUUUUGGUAUAGGAUUUCAAUUGAUGAAUAUCAAGGACAAUUUAAGAUUCUAUGGAUCUGUAUAGUAUUUAAUUAUGUAAAUAAUAUAGUUACAUUUUUAACUUAACGACAUAUAUUUUGUUUGCUUUUUUCACAGUAACUUAAUUUGGUCAAAAGCCCAGAAAGAAGUAAUGAACACACAUUUAAAUAUACAUAGAU